AGUCAGAUCUGUCUCACAUUCAUCAUCGUGCGUGGUUGUCGUUCGGUCAAUGUUAAGAAGAGUAUGACUUUAUACAGAGUAACUUUACUUUGUGUUAUUGAUCUUUUCCUAUUGGUCGUGAAUGGUGAUCCAGAUGAAGUGAAGUCAGUGUCAGUGAUGGAGGGAGAUUCUGUCACUUUACACACUGAUCUCACUCACUUACAGACAGAUGAUCGAAUACUGUGGAUGUUUGGACCCCAAGAGACUCUUAUAGCUGAUAUCUUUAUAAGGAAUCCAAUGAAUCUUUUAUUUGUUAUCAAGGAUCAAAUAUUUCUAGAUCGUCUACGGAUUAACAAUCAGAAUGGAUCCCUCACGAUCACAAACAUCACAAUCACACACUCUGGACUUUAUAAACUACUGAUUAACAGCAGAGCAACUUCAAUCAACAUGAGGUUCAAUGUUACUGUCUAUGAUCAUCUGCCUGUUCCUGUCAUCAGCAUGCACUCUUCAAACUGUUCUUCAUCAUCAGAAAGAUCUUUAUAUUGUUCAUUCCUCUGUUCAGCGAUGAAUGUGUCACAUGUGAGUCUCUCCUGGUACAAAGGAAACAGUUUAUUGUCCAGCAUCAGUGUGUCUGAUCUCAACAUCAGACUCUCUCUACCUCUGGAGGUGGAAUAUCAGGAUACAAACACAUACAGAUGUGUCAUCAACAAUCCCAUCACAAACCACAUACAACAUCUAGACAUCAAUGAACACUGUCUGCCGUGUCCAGCAGCAGCCACGUCAGAUUACAGCCAGCGCAACUGCGCGGCAAUUCCACUGAUCACCACGUACCGUGUGAAUGGCCCAUAA